AUGAUCACUAUAAGUGAUGAGAGGAGUGUGGAAGAAGUGCACACACAAACAGAACAUCUCCAAGACAUUCCAAGGGAAAAUCAUGAAGAAAGAAACCAUGCACCCCAUCCCACAUACAGGGAAGAACUACAGAAAGGGGAGACCUUAAACCCAUAUGCACCCUUUCUCCAAAGGCUCAAAGGUGGUGUAGCAAGGAGAAUGUAUUCAAAGUUCCUCGACAUGUUUGCAUUUCUUGAUGUAAAUAUACCAUUCAUUAAGGCUCUCCAGCAAAUACCCUCCUACAUCAAGUACAUAAAGGAGCUACUGGCCAAAAAGAGUUCAUUGAAGGGUGGACAAACAAUAAAGAUGAAUAGGGAGUGCAGUGCUCUUAUUCAAACAGAGCCACCUACAAAGAAGAAGGAUCCAGGGAGUUUUCACAUUCUCUGUGCUAUAGGAGAGACAAUGAUUGAUAAAGGGCUCUGUGACUUGGGAGCAAGUAUCAACUUAAUGCCUCUGUCCCUUAUGAAAAAGCUUCAAAUCAAUGAGCUAACACCCACGGACGUAAUCAUCAAAUUGGCUGACAAAACUCAAAAACAGGCGAUAGGAGUGGUUGAAAACGUAUUAGUGAAGGUUGGAAACUACUUCCUGCCCACAGACUUUGUUAUCCUGGAGAUGGACGAGAAUCCCAUCCAUCCCAUCAUCCUGGAGAGACCAUUCUUAGCCAUAGCCAGGGCGCUUAUAGAUGUAGAGCGAGGAGAGCUAGUAUUGAUGAUACACAAUGAACAGCUCACCUUCAACAUUUUCAAACCCUCACAAGAAGCAGAUCAUGAUAACAAAUAG